AUGAGGGGGCCCCACUGGAGGAGGGUCCCCUGGGUGUUCCUGAGCUGCUUGUGUUCCUGCCUCCUUUGGCCAGUGGUCCUGGGCGUUCCCCUCUUCCCCUACGGGUCAAGUGCUGGAGACGUGCAAUUGUUUGCUAGGACUGUGGACGUUACCUCUCGACUCUUCAAGCUCCAGAUUGGCUUCCCCUUUGGCUCCUCUCUACGGGAUUCCCUCUACUUCACAGAUAAUGGCCAGAUCAUUUUCCCAGAGUCAGACUAUCAUAUUUUCUCCUACCCCAACCCACCCACAAGAUGCUUCACAGGAUGGGACCCUGUGGCCAUGGUGGCUCCAUUCUGGGAUGAUGCAGAUUUCUCCAGCUAUAGGGGAACCAUGUUUUACCAGGAAUAUGAGACACUGUAUGACGAAUACAACUCACUAGUCUGGCAGGUGGAGACUUGGAUAAAUAAAUUCACAAGUGCAAGGAGCUUCAAAGCCAAGUGGACCCUGAAGGUCACAUGGGUCAAUGUGCCUCCCUAUCCUGCCCAGUGGACCUUGGGGACCAACACCUACCAAGUCAUCCUCUCAACGGACGGGAGCAGGUCCUACGCCUUGUUUCUCUACCAGAGUGGUGCGAUGCAGUGGGACGUGACCCAGCGUCUGCACAACUCGGUCAUCAUGGGUUUCUCCAGUGGAGAUGGGUAUUUUGAAAACAGCCCACUGACAUUCCGGCCAGCGUGGGAGAAGUACCGUCCGGAUCAAUUCCUGAAUCCCAAAUUAGGUGUCCGGGGGCUGCAGUUCUACGAACUCCACAGGGAAGAGAGGCCCAACUUCCGCCUCAAGUGCCUGUGGUGGUUGAGGAGCCAGCCUCAGUGGCCCAGCUGGGGCUGGAGCCGGCUUUCCUGCCCUUGCUCCUGGCAGCAGGGACGGUGGGACUUACGAUUCCAGCCCAUUGGCACAGACUCGUGGGACUUGAACGGCAGGCAGCUGUGCAGCUUCCACUCCCGGCGAGGGGGCGUGUGCUGCAGCUAUGGGCGCUGGGGAGAGCUCCGAGAAGGCCGGGGCAUGCAGAAUCCUUGGCAGUUUGACCAGGAGCUGGAGGCGCAGAACUGGUGUUGUCGUUGGAACGACAAGCCCUUCUUCUGUGACCUGUACUGGCAGAGGCGGCCCCGCAUCGGCUGCACUGGGUACCGGCCUCCACGCCCUGCCUGGAUGUUUGGAGAUCCCCAUAUUGUCACCUUGGAUAACGCCAAUUUCACAUUCAAUGGGCUGGGGGACUUCCUGAUGAUCCGGGCCAGGGAUGGAAACUCCUCCUUCCUGCUGCAGGGCCGCACCGCCCAGACUGACUCAGCCCUGGCCACCAACUUCAUUGCCUUUGCUGCUGAGUACAACUCCCUUGGCCUGGACCCCAUCACGGUUCAGUGGUUCCUUGCGUCCAAUGACACAAUCCACGUUCUGCACAAUAACCAGAGUGUAAUGUUUGAGACCAACCACACGGACCCAGAAGGCUUACAGAUAUUCAACACUACUGGCCUCCUACUGACCCGCAAUGGCUCCCAGGUCUCAGCCAGCUUUGAUGGGAUGGUGACCAUCUCAGUGACUGCUCUCUCCAACAUCCUCCAUGCUGCCUUCAGCCUCCCAGAGGAGUACCAAAACCACACAGAGGGCCUCCUGGGGGUCUGGAACAACAAUCCAGAAGAUGACUUCAGGAUGCCCAAUGGCUCCACCAUCCCCUAUGACAGCUCUGAGGAGACGCUCUUUCACUAUGGAAUGACGUGGCAAAUCAAUGGAACAGGCCUUCUUGGGAAGAGGAUCCACCCUCUGCCUUCCACCUUCACCCCUGUGUUUUUUUCCGAACUAAUAAAGAGAAAUAACUCCUUGGACGAAAAGUUGAUUUCUGGCUGUAAUGGAGAUAAACAAUGCAUUUAUGACACCCUGGCCACAGGAAACGCAGACACUGGACAUCACACCCAGAUGAUCUUUGGAACAUACCAGCUCAUGAACACCACCCUCAAUCAGAACCCACCGUCUAUCAAUGGUCCCAGUGUGAUUGAAGCCUUCAAGAGGAAGACCAAGAGGAUUCAGUUCACUAGCAACUCUAAGAAUGUCACAUUCAGUCUUGGGAAAAACUGCACUGACUUCAAGCUCUUUGAGAAUGGGACUUUGAUAUGGACACCAACAUUGGAACCAUGCACCCUGGAGAUUCUAGCAAGAAAGGCCAAUGUGGACUGGCCAUCUCUAUUCCGGCCCAAGAUUGUGGUCUGCUUUUGUGUUGCAGAGAGCCAGUGUUUGUAUAACCAGACCAACAGGGUGGGCAAUUCCUCUCUGGAGGAGGCCACCUGCAAGUGUGAUGGGGACACCUUUGGCCACUACUGUGAACACUCCAAGGACCCCUGUGAUGAGCAGUGCUUUCCAAAUGUGAAGUGCAUUCAAGGAAGUGGUUGUGAGGCUUGUCCACCAGACAUGACUGGGGAUGGGCAUCACUGUGCAGCUCUGGAGGACUCUCUCGUCUGUCAGAACCACUCCUGUCCUGUGGAUUACUGCUACAACCAAGGCCACUGCUACAUCUCCCAAGCUCUGGACUGCCAGCCCAUGUGUACUUGCCCCCCAGCCUUCAUUGACACACAAUGCCUCCUGGCUGGGAACAGUUUCACUCCAACUGUUCAUGGAGAGCUUCCCUUAAGAGUCAUCCAGCUGUCACUCAGGGAAAGCGAGAAUGCCUCAGAAGCUGAUGUGAACGCCUCGGUGGCAUACAGACUGGACACCCUAGAUGUGCCGGCCUUUCUCCAGAAUAGCCAAGUGCAACUAAUCUCUCAAACAGCAAUGGCCUCAGGAAGUUUCAUUCAACACUGGUUAGUCACCUCCGAGUUCCAGUACCGCCCUUGGGGCCCAGUCAUCUACUUCCUGAACAAUCAGCUGCAUCAGGCCGUGGUGGAGGCCUUCCGCCAGGCUCUGACAGGGAGGCAGAAGAGGAGCCCAGGGCCCAGGAACAACGUGAACUUCCACCCCAUCUCAAGGAGAGAUGUGCGCGAUGAGAUGGCUUUGAACGUUAGCACGCUGGAGACUUACUUCAGAUGCAAUGGCUACAGGGGCUACCGUCUGGUCUACAGCCCCCAGAGCGGCUUCACCUGCGUGUCCCCAUGUAGUGAGAGCUACUGUCACCACGGAGGCCAGUGCCAGCACCUGCCCAAUGGGCCCCGCUGCAGCUGUGCAAACUUCUCCAUCUACACGUCCUGGGGCGAGCGCUGUGAGCACCUGAGUAUGAAACUUGGCGCGUUCUUCGGGAUCCUCUUUGGGGCUCUGGGCGCCCUGUUGCUGCUGGGGAUUGUGGCGUUUGUGGUCCUGCACUUCUGGGGCUUCACUGGGGCCAAGUACUCUUACCCUCUAGACUCAGAAUCCUGA